AUGUCUUCUCAUCAAUCCAGUAUACGCUCACGUCGUCAUAUUGACUUAUUGGCGCUCAAGUGGUGCCAAUCGUUGGAGGGUAGUGGUGUAACCCCAAAAGAGGUAAUUCACGCCUUCUUAACAUCCAAUGACGAGGUACUUAAACAUAGGCGUGGGCGAUGGGGUGUUACCGGAUGGGCUUCUACCUUGGAGAUACUUCAUAGUAUCAAAAAUAUUGCAAAAUACAAGUCAGAAAGCUUGGAAUUAUGGAGAGCUUUUAUUCUUGCGGAGGCACAGGAGUGCAUCACGAGUGAUUUGGAAUCAAAGCCACAAUCAUAUUUUAGUUCUAAUAAAGUAGAACCUGACUUCUUGGACACGAAACAGAUGGAGGCACGGGAUGCACACAUCCAAAGUGAUAUGCCAUUUUUAUAUGCCCUAGUGUACAAUCAGUUAUCAAAUGCUAUAUCAACUCGGGCAAUGUUAACCACUGGUGGCCCAAGUUUUGAUGUAUGGGACAACAUGGAGAACAACAGACGUGUACCAGAUUUUGAUUCCAGUACUGAAGAGGACAUAGAUGUGGAAUGUCCCGAGCUCGACAAUAUUGAAUACAUACCAGAGGAAGAUUCUGGUGCCAAGACACGUAACCGAGCUUCACUGGUCAGUAGUAAUAAUUUUUCAAAUUGUCAAGAGGCUGACUUUUGA